AUGGACCGGCCCCCUUCGAUAUCCGGGCCGGAGGAAUUGGUGAAUCUGGUCGCCCGGAAUGGUCAAACAUUGGACAACACUCUCCGACGCCUGUCCAACAAAUCGAAUGAGGGUUUGAGCUCCUCCCCAACAUCCACGGAUGUAGACGUCCGACAAGCUAUCACUAGACCCCCUAGUGCCAAACUUGCACUUUCGGGAGACAUCGCAGAAGGACAGCCCUCUCUUCGGCACCCAUUCCCUCAUCUCUAUCAUUCGUCAAGUACCUCGAGAUCCCCAUCCACGCGAACGUCUUCCAGCUCGCUCCAGGCGCUCAAUGAGGAUAUAGUGGUUGAUGCUCGGUCGGAUCACAGCGCAAUUGGGCGAAAUCCCAUCACACGCAAAAUGGUGCAACUGGGCCAGUCGGAUAUUCCAUCCGGAGACUAUCCUGUCUACCCCGACCAAUCAUACGCUGUGCUGCAAUCACAAGUCCAUCCCACGUAUCAACCUCCCUUCUUGCGCACCCGCAGUUCAUAUCCGUCUCGGAUCGAGGCCGCUUCUCGAUUUCCACCAGCACGUGCCGCGCGCACCGCGGGCAAUACCCCCAUCUCUAGCCCUGGGCUAUUCUCUGUGCGUAGCCCUCGCUCAACACCUCCAAUCGCAUCGGAUGAUGAAGGUCGGAUGAGUAGCCCAUACCUUCAUCCUACCCAUCUUCAACCACCAAAAGAGACUCAUACAGCGGAGGUAGACCGAGAUCUGAUCACUGGCAACAAGCUGAUCAACCAAUACGAAAUACUUGAGGAGCUUGGACGCGGAGAGCAUGGAAAAGUGAAAUUAGGUCGCCAUGUGACGACUCGACAAAAAGUUGCCAUCAAGAUUGUUCAACGAUACUCCAAGCGUCGUCGAUUGGGCAAGCUGGGCAAUCCCGAAGACAAGGUAAAAAAGGAAGUCGCCAUUCUCAAGAAAGCUCGUCAUCCAAACGUGGUCAGUCUGCUGGAAGUUAUCGACGACCCCAAUCGCCAGAAAGUAUACAUAGUCCUCGAGUAUGUGGAAAAUGGUGAAAUUAUCUGGCGCAAACGGGGUUUGCGGGAAAUUGUGCACGUUGAUAAGCGCCGAUUGGAGCGCGAGAAGGCUGGCAUUCCCGAGACCCCCUCUUUCAUGGAGGAAAGUCAACAGUAUGUCAAAACCGCCCGGCACCUCCGCCGCCAACGCGAGAAGGCACGCGAACGGCUCGAAGCCCAGGCGGCUUUUGCGCAGGAGGCUCCCAUACCGGCCUGGAGUUUGGAGCACGGUGCAGAAUCCGAUGAAGAGCAAGACGCAGAGCCUGGUGUGACUCGCAUACCGAGUCGAUCUCUGAUGAGCCACGACGAACAUCAGUCCUCCCCAUGUCAUUCGUAUGCAUCAGGCCCCGAAGCAGCCUUGGCCGCAGUGGAAGGCAGUAUGUAUGGCGCUUAUGCAGAUUACUCAUUCGACAGAAGAUUCAGCACCGCAUCAAGCAGCUUCGGUUAUGCACCAUCAGAGCCUGAGUGGUUCAGUGACGAUGACGAUAUGUCCUAUGUGCCAUGUCUAACAUUUGCCGAGGCGCGCAAUGCGUUUCGAGAUUCGCUCUUGGGGUUGGAAUAUUUGCACUUUCAAGGUAUUAUCCACCGAGAUAUCAAACCAGCAAAUUUACUGGUCACCAGCAAUUAUCGAGUCAAGAUUUCCGACUUCGGGGUAUCUUACCUUGGUCGACCCAUCCGAGACGAGGAUGAAGAACAUAUUGAAGAGACGGAUGCGACCGAAUUAGACGACGCACGGGAAUUAUCCAAGACCGUCGGGACACCCGCCUUUUAUGCACCGGAAUUGUGCUACACAGGCGACGAUUUCGUAGACAGUCUUGGCAGUGCUCCCCGGAUCACUGGUGCUAUCGAUGUCUGGUCGCUUGGUGUCACCCUUUAUGGCAUGAUUUUCGGACGCCUACCCUUUGUUUCAGACGACGAGUAUAGUAUGUUUCAGACUAUUGUGAAAAAAGAAGUGUUCAUACCCCGGAAGCGCUUGAAGCCGGUCGAGGAAGAUCCCGAUGCCGCCAGCCAGUGGCCGCGUUUCGACGACGACAGCAAGCGAAUGGAGCAUGAGUUAGUGUAUGAAGACAUUGAUGAUGAGCUCUAUGAUCUCCUUAAACGGUUGCUGACCAAGGAUCCGGUGAAACGGAUCACUGUGAAAGAGAUCAAGCACCAUCCUUGGAUUCUCUACGGCCUUCCCAACCCCCGAGCUUGGGUAGAAGAGACUGACCCGGGCUAUCAAAGCAAGGGCAAGAAAAUCGAAGUAUCAAACGAGGAAGUCACGACGGCUGUCAGCAAAGUACCCCUUUUCCAGAGGGUACGCUCCAAUGUUGCAAAAUGGUCUCAUUUCCUCACUGGACGCUCGAAAGAGAAGGAUAGUCGCAAGCGUACUCCUAGUAAUAACUCUGCUGACUCCUCUUCCGCCAAGUCUCUUUGGGAGGGUCGCCGCCUCAGUCUCAGGGGCGAUGAGGAUCUUUCGCGUUCAAUUCGUUCGUUCAGGGAUGGGGAACACCCCCUUUCACAGAGUGUCACUGCAAGUCCCGUUGGUCGGGAUGAGCAGACCUCGUACUUCGUUCAGUCCGAGUUCACACCCUCACAUGAACGGACCGUGCGCCCUGACCCCCCGGAGCGCGCGGCCUCGACUUUGUCCACGGCCGAGUCUGCAAAGACUGUCAAGCCGGCCGAUCGUCGCAAUUCACCUAUACCUCAACGGACAGGCACGCCCGUCCGUGUAGAACAUUCAGGAACCACCAAUCUAGGCGGGCUAUUUGGCGGCGCAAGCCGUCGGCUAGCACGGGGGCUUCAGCCCCAUGACUGGCGCUCCGAUCGGUCUGUUUCCGGCGAGACAACAGCAUUGGAAAGUGAUCGCCACUCCGAGCCAAGUUUGGCUAUCAGUGUUACUUCCGCGGUCGGACACAUGCAACAUCCUGCUCUCCGUUCCAAUGAAGAUUUACUCUCGAUUCCACAUGAUUAUUCAUUUUCUACGUCCCCCGGACAUCGGCGCAACCGCUCUCAUCAGCUUCCCGGUAAACACUCCGAGCCCUUCCAGCUCACUCGAGAAGCCUUGCUACGGAAGAGAAGGAGCGGGAUUGAGUCGAACUUCGACAUCGAUCAUGCACACACACGUGGCUCACUUGGAUCGGAUCACGAUACAUUGGUCCCGCCCUACGAGAUUUACACCCAGGCUACCGGUCCCUCUGUAGAACAUUUCAUUUCCGGCGAACCCUGCUUAACGACCUCGCCACCUUCGGCUGCUACUAUCUCUUCGUCCUCAGUUGACGAAUAUACCAGCGGAAUGUCUCAGAGAACCUCUCAUGCAAGCAUUCCAUCUGUGGUCUCCGGGGCGUCUUCCAUCUCAGGAGAGGGUGGUGCCAGGGACAGAGAUUGUGAAACCGCAACUAAAAUACCCUCAAUACUUCGUACUGAUGACACCGUGAAAGCCCCACCGCUUAACCUCUCACGCUCCAACGAGGACGAUGAGUCCCGGUAUUACUGUGACGACGAGGAGGAGUCCGAAGGGGACUCUGAAGACGAAGGUCUCGUGAUUGGCAAGAAGAGAACCACGCCCCAGAAACCUAUCAUUCGGCCCGGACAUUCUAAGUCAUAG